AUGGCCCGCCCUCUCCUGCAGAUGCUCCUCCUGGGGCUUCUCGCUCCCCUGACUACCGCCGCUGAGUCAGAAGGAAGCUCUGAAGGCCUUGUCGCCGAAGCCAUCGACCAAAAGCUCAUAUUUGCCAGCAACUUUAGUAGUCCCAUCACCUCGCAAACACCACCACUCCAAGGCUGGUGGGCCUCCAAGAUCUGCGCCGGCCCCUCGCAAAAGGACCAGUUUUGUAUCUACACCAAUCGGCGCGUAGCCAAGGGGCGCGGCAUGGUUGUCAUCACACAUCAAGACGAGUUCGAAAAGCUCGAGAAAAUGGAGGACCAUCUUAGCAAGGCUGACAACAAGUUCUAUGAUGACCCAGUGCCGUUUGUCGAGACUCCUGUUCUGCAGAAAGGCCUAGGGGUCGUUGCGAACAAGACGCUCAGGAGAAAUCGGCCUUUGAUGAGCUUCUCCCCCGUUUUGCUCGUCCACCGCGACUUCUUCGACCAGGUCCCCAACAAAAAAGAGCGCGCCAAGAUGCUCGACACAGCCGUCUCCUAUUUACCACCAGAAACUCUCGCCAAAGUCAAUAAAUGGCGCCAGCCGACUCCAGAAUAUACUUCCCCGCGCAGCCUCGAAACCUUGCUCUUCGCCCAUCCCUUCGAGGUCGUCCUCCCCUACGUCUGGCGCACCCCCGACGCCCCACAUUCCCGGCACGCAGCCGCGUACCCCGAGGUUGGCGUCUUUCAACAUGAUUGCCGGCCCAACCUGGCGUGGUACAUCGACGAGCACUUCGGGCUGAAGCUCACUGUCGCACGGAAGACCGUUCCGGGGGAGGAACUGACAAUUGCCUACAUCGACCCCCUGAAACCGACCGAAGAGCGGUCUCAAUGGGUAGCACACUACCGUGGGAAGGCCCAAAAUGAAGGGUUGCCAGUAGAGAAGCACACGCAUCACGACGGGUGUCCCUGCAAGGCAUGUAGUCCGCCAGGAGGUCCUGGUGGAGAGGCAGCAAGGGAGCAGGAGAAGCGACUGAAGGAGAUCCUGGCAAUCCGCUCGGAGCUGCGGAACUACGAUAGCACAAAAGUCAACGUAGAGAUGAUCGAAAAGUUCGUGAAGCUUGUCGAGCAGGACCGGUUGCAUGCCAAGUUUGCGGAGGCGUACGAACUGGCGGCGUUGAACUUCAACUAUUUGGGCGAGGACAAGAAGGCGAAAAAGUAUGCCGAUCUAGCGGUGCAGGCGGGGAUUGUGGAGGGCGGGAUCAAUAGCAAUGAUGUUGUGGCUAUGAGGAUCAUGGCAAGUGAUAUCAAGGGACAUUAUUCAUAUAAGUAUACACUGAAGAGGAGAGGGUUGGCGAAGUAA